AAAAAGAUUCGGAGUGACGUUUCCAAUGAAUCUGAUUGAUGAAACCUAUUUUUUGCGUUUUACGAAAUAACUUGAUACAAUCAAAACAACACAUUUACUACCACGCUCCCUCAAGCUCCAUUAUUAGAAGCAGAAGGCAAGCUGGACAAGACAGCGCGCAGCUCCGUCACGGCAGUGUGCAUCGUUUUGACUCGCGCGCAACAAUGGAAGUCCCUGCACCACUGCUGAGCGGCUCCAUCACGUAUCUGGUGCUGACGCUGCUGGCGUGCUUCGCUGGCAUCGGCAUGGGCGUCACAGGCAAAAUGAGCCGCGAGAAUUCGUCAAUCUUCACGCUGCUGGCCUUCAUGACCGGCCUCUGCCUUUGGAUGUUCUGGGCAUGCUGUUGGCUACACCAGUGGCACAUCCUGGUGGUCCCAACGUACGGCGCGGAAUAGGAGGGAGGCUCGUCUAAUAUAGCGUUCUACCGCGACCAAGUUGAGCUGAGCGAAUCCAACUUCUGGCUUUUGAUCCCUAUAAAACAUGAAGGCAGAUUUUUUUUUUUGCAACCCCAGAGCAGGAGUCAAUUGCUUUUUUUAUUUUUUUAUACUGCACGUCAAGUACACUCUCCAACUAACACUACGGCCUAAAAGUUAAAUCGGAUAUUACCACCGCCUGCACUUGCGGCUUCACCAACUCCAAAUGAAAAUUGGUGCGCACCAUAGUCCAUAUCCGGUGCGAUGUCAAAGUCGUCCUCGUCUUCUCCGUCGAAGUAGUCGCGGAUAAUACGCACAGACUUCUCAUAUAUAUCUGCAUUUAAACCCA